GGCAGCAGCAACCUUCUGGUUUUAUUGAGUAGGCGAUGUGAGCGAUUUGUCUCCGGUGGUAGAGGAUGUAAUUCAGGCGAAGAUAAAAGUUUCACAGCACUAUGCCCCGGUGUGUUCAGAUACCGGACCUGUCCAGGCACUGAGGCCAGAAGGGGCAGAAGAGCAGUUUUUCUUGCACUGGUACAUACGGAGGAGCACCAGAUGCUAGUUAGCUACACUGUUAGCAUCUUAGCAGUCGCUCCGUCAAGUUGAAGGCAUCAUUGAAUCCUACUCAUAGACUAUAUACAGUCUGUGAUAGCACAGAGAUCAGCAGAAUGACCUCAGCUUCCACUAAAGUUGGGGAGAUCUUCUCUGCAGCUGGAGCUGCCUUCACCAAACUAGGAGAGCUCACCAUGCAGCUUCAUCCAGUGGCAGACUCCAGUCCAGCAGGUAGUCAGACGAAAAGCACUGUGAAGAGGAAGCUGUACGAAGACGGAUCGCCAUCCGCGUCCUGUGAUGGACCUAAGAAGGUCAUCAAGAAAGCCUCAGUUGCUGUUGCCAUGGCAACACAAGGCACUCCAGCCAUCAUCUCUGUGCCUGCAGGUCAGGUUGUCGUACCAUCAGGACUACAGGGCCCUACCCCCAACCACCCCCCACUGAAGAAACAGAAGACUGCAGAUGUGACCCUCAGUGCUCUGAAUGACUCGGAUGUCAACAGUGAUCUUGUGGACAUCGAGGGACUGGGUGAGGGAUCCAACUCCAAAAAACUCAACAAUUUUGAUCAAGAUAACCUGAACUUGGACUCCAGCCUCAUCAUGAAUCCAAGUGACCUUCCUCUGCUCUCCCGUUGACCUUUCACUUCCUGUGGAUUUCAUACAAUGAUGGACAAAACAAUGAAAAUAAGUUGCAGUAACAUAGACUGAUCCUUUUGAGCCAGAUUAUGCUGACCAUGAGUAUGUCAUAUUAUGUCAUGGGCCAUGCGGGGACUCCUGCCUUUCCACUAAUGGGAGACUUUGUUGACUUUGUUAGAAAUGUGAUUGUUUUGUAAGAAUGUCAAGGAAAAAAAAAAAAGUCCUAAAAUUUAAAAGACAGCCUUUGCAGCGUGGUUCUAAGAUUCAUACUUCCUAUGUUUUUUAUUGUUUUUUUUUUUUAAAGCAAAUGCCAGGAAAACAAACACAAUGAAACAGAGAAACCUGAGCUUCAUUGACAAGGUGAAACAAUGUUUUACUGUAUUUCAUGUCUGAUUCAGUCUUGCUACAUUUUGAAAAUUUCUAUUAGCAGAUGUUCACACAAGUAGUAGUUUGAGUAAUUAGUAAGAGUAUUCGGUAUAUGAAAGACAUUUUGGAGACGUGUGAUUGGUUCCAAUAGAUCUUCAGUGUGAAUUGUCCUCCUUCCUCUUAACUUGCCAGCAAAAGUUAAACUGUUCAAAAAAAAACUUUAGCCAAAUUUUAGCGGCUGACCUCCAAACCCUCUGUCUGUACAAAGGCAGUGACGGAACAAAGCGUGUUAUUACACCCUCUCAUGCUUUAUUAGGACAAUAUUGUCCUGCAGGAAGUAGGACUGUAUACUGAUGCUUGUGCAGUAAUUUGGCUUCAUGUGAUGAAGACCAGCGCAAUCUCCAGACCUAAACCACAUGAAGCUGGUCUGGGAUGAACUGGACAAGAGGUGAAAACAUAGCAACCCAUUUGUUGGAACUUCUGCAACUUUCUGAACAAUGUUUGAUUUCCAUCAGGAAGAAUGUGAGGAGCGUGUUCAGCUGCUGGAUGAGUCAAACAUUUAGGAUUUCAGAUUCCAUGACUCCUCUUUAGGAGGGAAAUGUGUGCUAGAAAUAUUUCUUGGCAAACAUCAGCUGUGACUUCCAGGAGUCUUGUUGUCAAGAUGCUACACAAACACUCUGGGUGAAUGGAUAAACUGUUGUUUGUGAGCCGUAGAGGUGUUACAAGGUGUAUUUCUGAAGUUUGUAUAAAGCCAAACAGGCAACCACCUUAUGACUCCAGCUUUGGACAGAUAUGAGAUUGAUAUUCAUCUUAAGUAAGCAAGAAGGCUAAUAACAUCCCAAAGUGUGACACUAUUCCUUUGAAAAGAUAAUGUUUUGUAUUUUUCCCCUUUAGCUACUGUGGCAAAGGUUUUAGUGUUUGCUGGGAAAAAAAAUAUCCUGUAUAACUCCAUGACAACUGUGCAAAUCCCAUCUGCUGAUGAAGACCAUGAGAUUUGGUUUAAGGCUCUGGUGAAAGCCAGAAGACAACCUUCUUUUAAUAUUUUUUGUCCGGAAAAACAAGAUCUAGUAAAAUGUUAUUUAAAUGAGAAUUUACAGAUGUUCAUAUUUCUCACCUGCUCUAUCUGUAUUAAUAGCGUGCUGAAGUGUAACCAGUGGAAGGCAUGAAAAGCACAUGUAGUCAUGAAGUUAACAGGAAUAUACAGUGUAGCUAGUUAGCUGUCCUGAGGUGGACCUCUGAGGGAAUCAGUUAUGUUGCUGAAUCAAACUGUGCUGUUGAUUUUUUGUCUCCAUAUCCUUUAUUAUCAAGAUACCUUCUACGUCUGGAGACCAGACUAAGCUCAACAGAAUCACAUGUGCUCCUCAGUUUGAGAUCAAUCACACUUGGUCCACUUUGGUCUUCCCUUGCUGAUUUUCAGUCAUAAGUGAAUCUCUAUAAUCUAUUUUCAGGGAGUGAAACAGUUUGGGAUGCUCUCUCUCCAAGUUAGGAAAAAAAUAAUCCUCAAGUGAAAUCCUAAGCCAAAGUGGCUUUGGCAGCUGUCCACUGCAGGCUCUGUUUCACACUCCUUUUUUAGUUUAGUAUUAAGACAUGUAUAGAACAUUGGAGACAUAAAGACAUUUUUUUUUUUUUUUUUUACAAAUAUUGGGCUUUUAUUUUCCGUCUAAAAAUCGUUAUAUAUAUAUAUAUAUACAGCCAUUGGUUAUAAUAAAAGUAUACA